AUGCACGUCAAGCUCAAAAAAUCGCGUCAACAUGUCUGUGAGGAGCUGCAGCAGUGGCUCGACGACCCCAAGAGCGCGAAGGCGGGCACGGGCGUAGGCCUGGAGAGCGGCCACAAAAUCAUCGAGAUCCUGAAGAAAAACCCGGAGAAGGAUCCGGAGAAGUAUGACGACGUGCGCUUACCCGUUCUGGUCUCUGUUUACACCGCCAGACACCUCGCGCAGGAGGACAAGCUCAAAGACACGAAGACGACGGAAGAGCUGGAGAAUACAAAGAGCACUAUCAGCCUCAAGAACUGGGGCACGUACGUACCAGGCCAGAGAUGUGCAGGCUCUGGUUGACAGGUUGGACGAUAGGACCCCAUCAAGACGCUCGAGGAGGAUAAGGGCACUGCCAAUGGUCAAAAUACAGACAAGAUCACCGAGCCGGAAGAGCAGAAGAAAGCCAACGGCACGACGCACGAUGAGGAGAUCCGAGAGGCACAGGCUGAUGGCAAC